UUAAUUGUGUACAUGCAAAAAAUUUCCUUAUCUAUUUUCAGACUAUAUGGAAGGUCAGCAAGAGCAAAAACCCGAUGCCAGUGCACGCAGGAGAACAAGGUCUAAAAACAGGACUACUAGAUCAGACCCAGUCAACAAGCCAUCACCUGUCAGGAAGCAGAGACGGAAAACUCCUAAGACAACCCCGAACGACAAGACGGCACAAUUAUCCACGAGACUAAAAAGGAAGAAUAGCACUGCCAAAAGGCAGACUCCUCCUAAAAGAAAGAAAGGGGUGAGGGAGAAGGAAGAUGACAAAAAAGACAACAAAGACAUUUCCCAACGUGCCCCGAAUUAUCCACAACCAUGGGGGAGCUCUCAGAAAUAUGUGGGAGCACACUUAUCCAUACAAGGAGGGAUUUGGAAAGCAGUGUUGGAAGCAAAGCGUAUCGGGGCAAGGGCUUUUGGGCUUUUCCUGAGAUCACAAAGGUCCUGGUCCUGCAAGCCCCUUGAUAAGGAGGGCGCUGAGAAAUUCCAAAGAGCUUGCCAGGAGUAUGGAUUUGAAUCUCACUUCAUACUGCCACACAGCCCAUAUCUCAUGAACUUGGGUUCCCCAAAGUCAGAUGUUUUUCUGAAGAGUCGAGUUAUGCUAGUGGAAGAAUUGGUACGGUGCCAGCAACUUGGCCUUACCAUGUACAACAUUCAUCCUGGGUCCUGUGUAGGAGGUAUAUCUGUCACUGAGUGCGUGAAACGUAUUGCAGAUGGUAUUAAUUAUGCCCAUUCUGAAGUUCCAGGUAUCACUGUAGUCCUGGAAAAUAUGAGUUGUCAGGGCAGCACUAUUGGAGGACGCUUUGAAGAAUUACGUGAUAUCAUAGGCCAUGUCACAGAUAAAUCCCGCAUUGGUGUGUGCCUUGACACAUGCCAUGCCUUUGCUGCUGGUCACAACUUGGCAGAAAAAUAUGGACUCAAGCAUAUGUUGGAUGAUUUCAGCAGAAUUGUUGGACUUGAUUACCUCAAAGCUGUUCAUCUAAAUGACUCCAAAGGAGAAGUUGGUUGCCGGUUGGAUCGCCAUGAGAACAUUGGUAGAGGGCACAUUGGAUUAGAGGGAUUCAGGCAAAUUAUGAAUGAGCCACGCUUUGAUGGUAUUCCCAUGAUACUUGAAACACCCUACAGCCCUGAUUAUGAAGACUAUUCUGAGGAGAUAGACCUUCUGUAUUCAUUGUGUGCAGACCGUGGCAGAAUGGGACGUAACCUCUAAAAUAUAUAUCUCUAUAUAUAUAUAUAUAUAUAUA